GGGGCAGCUGGGUGGGAGUCGACAGGGGGCGUUAGGCCGCCCCCCGGGGCCAGGCCCUCCGGGGCCAGGGGACCCCCCGAGGGUGAGCUCUCGGUUUUCGGUCAGGCGGCCUACCUCUCGGGGGUCUCAGGCAGCCACAGUGUGGCCACGUCCCGGCGGCAGCGGGAGGGGCCCAGGCGUGACGCACCGUUGCCAUGCGCCGCCUUAUAAAUAACCGAGCUCAGGAGAAACUUCAGCGAGUCAGAGCCGCGCACGGGACCGGGAAAGGGACCUACCCGAGGGUCCAGCCGCCAGCCCACGUACUAGUAGCGGCCACCUCGGCGGCAGCGGCGGCAGCAGCGGCAGUAGAAGAAGCGACCCGGCGCAACUGUUUGCAGCGAGGAGGCCGCGCCACCUGCGGGCCGGCCGGAGCGGGCAGCCCCAAGCCCUCUCCCCGGGCACCCGCGUUCAUGCAACGCCUGGUGGCCUGGGACCCAGCAUGUCUCCCCCUGCCACCGCCACCUGCCUUUAAAUCCAUGGAAGUGGCCAACUUCUACUACGAGGCGGACUGCUUGGCUGCUCCAUACGGUGGCAAGGCGCCCCCCGCGGCCAGAUCCGUGCCGCGCCCCUCCGCCGGCGAGCUGGGUAGCAUCGGCGACCACGAGCGCGCCAUCGACUUCAGUCCGUACCUGGAGCCGCUGGGCGCGCCGCAGGCCCCGGCGCCUGCUACGGCCGCCGCCACGGACACCUUCGAGGCGGCUCCGCCCGCGCCCGCCUCCGCGCCCGCCUCCUCCGGGCAGCACCACGACUUCCUCUCCGACCUCUUCUCCGACGACUACGCGGGCAAGAACUGCAAGAAGGCAGCCGAGUACGGCUACGUGAACCUGGGGCGCCUGGCUAACAAGGGCGCUUUGCAUCCCAGCUGCUUUGCGCCCCUGCACCCGCCGCCCCCGCCGCCGCCGCCGCAGCCCGCCGAGCUCAAGGCGGAGCCGGGCUUCGAGCCCGCGGACUGCAAGCGGAAGGAGGAGGCCGGGGCUCCGGGCGGCGGCGGCGCAGGCAUGGCGGCUGGCUUCCCGUACGCGCUGCGAGCCUACCUCGGCUACCAGGCGGUGCCGAGCGGCAGCAGCGGUAGCCUGUCCACCUCCUCGUCUUCCAGCCCGCCCGGCACGCCGAGCCCAGCCGACGCCAAGGCUCCCCCAGCUGCCUGCUAUGCGGGGGCGGCGCCGGCGCCCUCGCAGGUCAAGAACAAGGCCAAGAAGACCGUGGACAAGCACAGCGACGAGUACAAGAUUCGGCGCGAGCGCAACAACAUCGCGGUGCGCAAGAGCCGUGACAAAGCCAAGAUGCGCAACCUGGAGACGCAGCACAAGGUCCUGGAGCUCACGGCCGAGAACGAGCGGCUUCAGAAGAAGGUGGAGCAGCUGUCUCGCGAGCUCAGCACCCUGCGGAACUUGUUCAAGCAGCUGCCCGAGCCCUUGCUCGCUCCCUCCGGCCACUGCUAGCGCGGCCCCCGCGCGCGUCCCCCUGUCGGUCGGCCUCCGCGCUGUCGGGCGCGGGGUGGCCGCGAGACUCCGGGAAGCGCCCGCGCUCCCGCUCCCGCUCCCGCCCCCGCCUGUGGUGGCGCCGGCAAAACUUUGGCACUGGGACACUUGGCAGCGCGGGGAGCUCGUUGGUAAUUUUAAUAUUUUAUUAUAUAUAUCUAUAUUUUUGUCCAAACCAACCGCACAUGCAGAUGGGGCGCCCGCCCGUGGUAUUUAAAGAAGAAAUGUCUAUGUGUACAGAUGAAUGAUAAACUCUGGCUCUCCCUCUGCCCCAUCUGCAGCCGCCGGCGGGCGGGCCGGUUUCGAAGUUGAUGCAAUCGGUUCAAACAUGGCUGAACGCGUGUGUACACGGGACUGACGCAACCCACGUGUAACUGUCAGCCGGGCCCUGAGUAAUCGCUUAAAGAUGUUCCACCGGGUUGUUGAUGCUGUUUUUGUUGUUGUUGUUUUUUUGUCUUUUUUUUUGUAUUAUAAAAAAAUAAUCUAUUUCUAUGAGAAAAGAGACGUCUGUAUAUUUGGGAAUCUUUUCCGUUCCAAGCAUUAAGAACACUUUUAAUAAACUUUUUUUGGAGAAUGUUUAAAAA